ACACCAACGCAGACGAAGUCCUGGCCAUAAGUCAUAACAAAAACACGUGUUUGUAAAUUUAAUAUUUUAAAAAAUGUGUAAAAUUAAGUAAAAGAAUUAAUAAUGCCUCCAUAUAAAGCAGGAUUAUUAAAAAGGAAAGUUGAUUCCAAUAAAUCGGACAAAAACUCUACGGACGACAAAGAAUCAGGCAGUAGUAAUGAAGCUGAGAAUUUAAUUGAAGGCGAGUUGGACGCGCAGGAUGACGCCACGGACUCGGAACACGAAGCAGCCGCUGCUUCAGAUGGUGAAGUAGAUGAAGUAGUAUUUGACGACAGUGCAGUCUCCCUGCUGGAGGACGAGCAGCAAUCCGACCAGUCUUUAGAUGAAUCAUCAGAUUUAACAGAUUCGGAAGAAAAUGACAGUGAUAUUGAAGAUGCUAGUUCAGAAGCAAGCGACAGCAAUAACAGGAUAAGUGACAACCAGGAGGAAGAUGACAGUGGCGCUGAGACUGGCACCGCUCCCUCAGCCGGCUCCAGCGAUGAGUCCUCCAAGAAACCACAGGAUAAAGCAAAAACACAGAGCCCUAAACCAAAGCCAACCCCUAAACAAAAGGCUCAGCAGGUUGACAAGAAGCAGAAAAGGAAGGUUGAUAAGAAGCAGAAGAAGUUGUCCAGUGUAGAUGUACUAGCUAAUAAGAUUAAAGAAACUAAGGUUGCAACUGAACCCGUGCAGCAGAGAGAUGAAUAUGAGUCAGGCGACACGUCUGAUGAGGAGGACAGAGUGAACACGGUGGGCGAGGUGCCCAUGUGGUGGUACAACGAGUACCCGCACGUGGGCUACGACCUGGACGGCCGCCGCCUCAUCAAGCCGCCGCAGAGAGACCACAUCGACGACUUCCUCAAGAAGUGCGAAGACCCGGAGUUCUGGCGCACGGUGCGCGACCCAGCCACGGGGCAGGACGUGGUGCUGUCCAAGGAGGACCUGCAGCUCCUAGAGCGCAUCAGAACUUCGCGAGUGCCCACGGCAGACCACGACGAAUAUGAGCCGUGGGUGGAGUGGUUCUCGCGCGAGGUGCUGGCGACGCCGCUGCGCGCCUUCCCGGAGCACAAGCGCUCCUUCCUGCCGUCGCGCUCCGAGCAGCUGCAGGUGGCCAAGAUCGUGCACGCGCUCAAGAUGGGCUGGACGAAGACGCGCAAGCAGAUCGCGGACGAGAGGAGGAGGAAGAGGGAGCGGAACUUCUACAACUUGUGGGGUUCCAGCGAUCAAGCGGAGUCGUCCAGACCGGGCCCGCGCCACCUGCCCGCGCCGCGCCGCCCCUUGCCCUCGCACGCCGAGAGCUAUAACCCGCCCCCGGAGUAUCUGCUGGACCACAAGGAGAUGAAGGAGUGGGACAAGCUGGCGGAGACGCCGUGGAAGCGCAAGUACACGUUCCUGCCCACCGCGCACAGCUGCCUGCGCGCCGUGCCCGCCUACCCGCGCUUCGUCCGCGAGCGCUUCCUGCGCUGCCUCGACCUCUACCUCGCGCCGCGGGCCAUCAAGAUGCGGUUGACGAUCAGCGCGGAGGACUUGGUGCCGAAGCUGCCGUCGCCGCGCGACCUGCAGCCCUUCCCCACGGCCGAGGUGCAGUGCCUGCGCGGCCACGGCGCGCUGGUGCGCAGCGUGGACUUCGACCCGUCGGGCCAGUACGUCGUGUCGGCGAGCGACGACGGCACCAUCAAAGUGUGGGAGACGAGCACGGGGCGCUGCCUGCGCACCGUGGAGCUGGGCGAGGCGGUGACGGCGGCGGCGUGGACGCCUGUGGCCGGCCUCAGCCUCGUGGCCGUGGCGCUGGGGCGGCGCCUGCUGCUGCUCAACCCGGGCGCGGACAUCGGCGCCGCGCGCGUGGCGCGCCGCACGGACGAGCUGCUGCAGGACGAGCCCAGCCAGCACGACGCCACCAUGGACGAGCGCACGUCGUCCUGCGUGCAGUGGCAGCGCGCCGACGCGGCGCAGUGGGCGCGCGGCGUGCGGCUCGCGCUGGCGCACUUCCGCCCGCUCACGCACGUGUCGUGGCACGCUAAGGGCGACUACCUGUGCGCCACGCUGGCGGACGCGGCGUCGCGCGCCGUGGUGGUGCACCAGCUGUCGCGGCGUCGCAGCCAGCUGCCCUUCCGCCGCGCCAAGGGGCUGGUGCAGUGCGCGCUGUUCCACCCGCACCGGCCGCAGCUGCUGGUGGCCACGCAGCGCGUGGUGCGCGUGUACGACCUGCUCAAGCAGGAGCUGGUGCGCAAGCUGCAGACCGGCGCGCAGUGGAUCAGCGCGCUGGCCGUGCACCCCGCCGGCGACAACCUGCUCGUCUCCUCCUACGACCGGAAACUCAUCUGGUUCGACCUGGAGCUGUCGUCGCGGCCCUACCAGACGCUGCGGCUGCACGGGCGCGCCGUGCGCGCGCUCGCCUUCCACCGCCGCUACCCGCUGUUCGCGUCCGCGGGCGACGACCCCUACCUCGUGGUGUCGCACGGCAUGGUCUACAAUGACCUGCUGCAGAACCCGCUGCUAGUGCCGCUGAAGCAGCUGGCCGGCCCCGAGCGGCGCGGCGAGCUGUGCGUGCUGGGCCUGCGCUGGCACCCCGCGCAGCCCUGGCUGCUGGCCGCCGCCGCCGACCACACGCUGCGGCUGUACGCCUAGGGCAGCACCGCUAACGCACAUAUACCAAUUACAAUA